AUGCCACUUUUCACUGAAACCGCGGAGUACAAGAAACUGAAGGAGCUGUUCGAUUCAGGAGCAAAAGACUUGAACUUGAACACCUUGUUCUCAAAGGAUUCCGAUCGUUACAACAAGUAUCACACCACCUUGCCGACUCAAGAUGGUGACAUUUUGGUCGAUUACUCUAAGAACUUGUUCAAUGAGGAAGUGUUGAAGACUCUCUUUGAUUUGGUAAGCCUUUUAUUUGUUUAUUUUGUGAUUUUUAGGCAAAGAUACGGUCUUAUAUUGUGGUAGACGUAAAGCUAGUGGAGGUUUUGAUUUUUGGUUAUAACUUUUUUUAAAGAUUAGCUGGAGAUUUGAAAUUGUCAGGGAUUGUAGAUCAUUGUGUUUUCCAACUACCUCUUAAUAGAGACUUUCAAUUUCAGUUUUAUUUCAAAAAUUACAGUAGUUUAACUGUACCAUACUUUUUGAAUUUUUCUCUUAUUUUGAUGAAAGGUUUUUGAGCUUAAGAACGAUUUGAUUAAUACGAUUUUGUAAUUUUAGAGUGUGUAAUGUAAAAUAUAAUGUAUUUUAUAUUCUUUUUUUUAUUUUAAGGCCCGUGCUUGUGAUGUUGAAGGUUUCCGUGACAAGAUGUUCAAUGGAACUCCAAUCAACUUUACCGAAAACCGUGCCGUGCUUCACAUUGCUUUAAGAAACCGCUCCAACAAGCCAAUUCAAGUUGAUGGAAAGGAUGUGAGUUGAUUUUUAAAUUUUUUUUCAAAAAUUUUUAAAUUUUAAAUAAAACUUGAAAUUUUUAAAAUUUUAUAAUUUAGGUUAUGCCAAAUGUCAACGCGGUGCUAGAACACAUGAAGGCCUUCUCCAACGAGAUUAUCUCAGGCCAAUGGAAGGGCUACACUGGCCAGAAGAUCACAGACGUUGUCAACAUUGGUAUUGGUGGAUCGGAUUUAGGACCAUUGAUGGUUACCGAAGCUCUAAAGCACUAUCAAGUUGGGCCAAACGUGCAUUUCGUGUCGAAUGUUGAUGGUACUCAUUUGGCUGAAGUUGUGAAGAGAUUGAAUCCCGAAACGACCUUGUUCAUCAUCGCUUCCAAGACCUUCACUACUCAGGAGACCAUCACCAACGCUGAAUCGGCCAAGAAAUGGUUUUUGGAGAAGGCUAAGGUAAUUUUUGGGUUAAUUAGGUUAAUUAUGGGUUUGGAAAGAAAGUUCUUGCGUUUUUAAAGUUUUUUUUGUAGUUUGGAGUGAAGUAUAAAUUUUUGCACGGUGCAAUCGGCCUUUUAGUGGGAAAAAGGGCUUGCACGGUGCAAAAUUAUAUUUUUUCAUUUUGAUUAAAUUUUCUUUAGAAAAAUGUAAAUUUUUUACUUGUAUCGGUUGAGAAUUUCAUGGAAAAACUAAUUUUUAUUAAUUUGGUCAAAAAAUUCGUAGAAAAAAAAUUUUUUGCUGGUUUUUAAAAAUUUAAUUUUUCAGGACCAAGCCGCUGUAGCCAAGCACUUUGUAGCUCUAUCGACCAACACCAAGAAGGUCGAAGAGUUCGGCAUCGACUCGAACAACAUGUUCCAGUUCUGGGAUUGGGUUGGCGGCCGAUACUCCCUAUGGUCAGCCAUUGGACUAAGCAUUUCAGUCCACAUUGGCUUUGAAAACUUUGAAAAACUCUUGGAAGGUGCCCACUUGGUCGAUCAACACUUUUGCCAAACUCCUCUCGAGAAGAACAUCCCAGUUAUCUUGGCUCUGCUUGGAGUAUGGUACAUUAACUUCCACGGCUCGGAAACUCAGACUUUGUUACCUUAUGAUCAAUAUCUGCAUCGAUUCGCUGCUUACUUCCAACAAGGAGACAUGGAAAGUAAUGGAAAGUACAUUACUCGGUAUGUUUUAUAAUUUGGGUUGACAUUUGAUAUGGUGGUGGAAGUAUUAAGCUGAGAAAUAAGUCUUGUCGUCAAUUUGUAUUGGUUUUGCAUUAAAAAAACGACAAGACUUGUUUGCUACCCAAAUGUUUGUUAAUGUGUAAAUACUUAUGUUUUUUAAAUAUGGGCGGGGUAAUUUUCUUUAUUCUUGUGUAGGGGGUGGUAAUUUUUUUUUAUUUUAGGGAGUGUUUUUUUUUAAAUUGCAAGAACUUUGUUUACAAAACGAUUGUUUUAGUGACGGACGUCGUGUGAACUACCAAACCGGUCCAAUUGUGUGGGGAGAGCCCGGCACCAACGGCCAACACGCCUUUUAUCAGCUGAUUCAUCAAGGUACAAGGCUGAUUCCUUCUGACUUCAUCGCACCAGUCAAGACCUUGAACCCAGUUCAAGAUGGACUUCAUCAUAAGGUGAGAUAUUUUAAGGCUUGGCUCAGUAAAUUGAACUAUUGUGAUGUUAAAUGGUCAAAAAGUUUGUGGAAAGGUCAGUUUUGAUCAUUUUGGUCAAAAAAUUCGUAGAAAAAUUUAAAAAAACUUUCAGAUCCUGCUAGCCAACUUCCUAGCCCAAACCGAAGCCCUGAUGAAGGGUAAAUCAGCGGCCGAAGCCGAGGCCGAACUCAAAGCGGCUGGAGCGUCGGCCGAUCAGAUCUCCCAGAUCCUGCCUCAUAAGGUAUUCGAGGGAAAUCGACCAACCAACUCGAUCGUUCUGCCAAAAUUGACCCCAAGUGUGCUGGGAUCACUGAUCGCCAUCUACGAACACAAGAUUUUUGUUCAGGGUGUCAUCUGGAACAUCAACUCGUUCGAUCAGUGGGGGUAAGAGUGGUUUUUAUAAUCGUUGUUCAAAUAGUUCUGUGCCCCCUUAGGCUUAAAGUCUAAAGCAACAAAAGAAAUUUGUGAGGGGGCGCAGAAUUAUUUGAACAAAUUAAUAGUCUUGCACAGUGCGAAAUGGGCAGCAAAACCGCAAGAACUUUGUUCACAAUUUUUUUUGAAAAUUCAAGUAAUUUUUUAAAACUUAAAAUGUUCAUCUUAAAAUUUUAAAAUUUCAGAGUGGAACUGGGCAAACAAUUGGCCAAAGUGAUUUUGAGCGAACUUCAAGCCUCUGGCGAAGUCUCAAGCCACGAUCCAUCAACCAACGGCCUUAUCAACUAUGUAAAAGCAAAGUUCUAA